CCCGCCCCCGGCUGCCCGCGGAGCUGUCAGCGGCCCCGGUGUCGCGGCUGUCGCGCUGUGGCGGUGUCGCUGUGUCGCGGCUGUCGCGGUGUCCCUCGGCCGUGUGGCGGUGUCUCUGCGUGGCCGUGCCGCUCUGUCGCGGUGCGGCGGGCAUGGCGGGGCUGCUGCCGGCGCUGGUGGCGGUGUCGCAGAAGGCGGCCGAGGUGGCGCGGCGCUGCCGGGCCGAGGGCCCGCUGGCCCGGCUGCCGGUGGCCGAGAAGCCGGGCCCGGAGAGCGGCCCCCGCUUCGCCCGCGACUUCAAAACCCUGGCGGACGUGCUGAUCCAGGAGCUCAUCAAGCACGACCUGGGGACGCAGUUCCCCGAGCUCCGGGGACACAUCCACGGCGAGGAGAGCAGCGAGUUCAGGGACGCGCGGGGUGGCACGGUGACGGUGCGGGUCUGUGACACCCCGGGGGACACGGUGGCCCUGCUGCUGGCCGUGCUGGGCCCCGAGCAGACGAGGGCGGCCGAGCUGCUGGCAGAGGCCGUGCACCAGGAGGUGACACUUGGGGACACGGAGCUGGAUGGCAUCGACCCCGGAGUGUCCCCAGGGGACGUGGGGAUCUGGAUAGACCCCAUUGACUCCACCAACGAGUUCAUCGGGGGCCGCGAGGACGUGGCCGCCGUGGACGGCGUGGCGCCCGGGGGGCUGCGCUCGGCCCUGGUGCUCGUGGGCGCCUUCGAGCGCCGCAGCGGGCUCCCCGUGCUGGGGGUCAUCAACGAGCCCUUCUUCCAGAGGGACCCCCAGACCGGCAGGUGGCAGGGUCGCUACCACUGGGGGGUGGCUCACGGCGACACGCGGCUGUGCUCGCUGUCCCCUCCCGCGCCGCGGCCGCGUCCCCGCGUGGUGCUGAGCCGGGCCGAGGCCGCGGCCGUGCGGGGGGCGCUGGCCUCGCUGGGCGGGGGUCCCCCGCUCUUCGCGGCCGGCGCCGGCUACAAGCUGCUGUGCGUGGCGCUGGGGCUGGCGGACGCCUUCGUGCUGUCGCAGGCCACCACCUUCGCCUGGGACUCGUGUGCCCCGCACGCCAUCCUGCGGGCCCUGGGCGGCGGCGUGGUGGCCUUGGAGGGGGCGCUGCGGGCGCGGCGGGACGGGGACCCCGGGGACCCCCCCGAGCUGCUCUACAACCGGCCGGAACCGGGCCGGGCCGGGCCCCAGCGCUGGGCCAACCGCGGGGGGCUCGUGGCCUUCGUGCACCCCCCGCACCUGCGGGCCGUGCUGGCCGCGCUGGACGGGCUGGGGGACAGCAGGGACACGGGGGACAGCGGGGACACCGGGGACAGCGGGGACACCGGGGACACGGGGGACAGCGGGGACACCGGGGAGGGCGGCGGUGAGCGGCACCGGGAGCGGCCCCGGGACCACCGGGACCACCGGGAACGGGACCGGGACCUCCGGGAAUGGGGGGGGGAGCGGGGGGGGACGGGACCGGGACCGGGACGGGACCACUGGGAACGGGGGGGGAACGGGACCGGGACCACCGGGAAUGGGGGAAAGUGGUACCGAGACCCCCGGGACCGGGAGGGGGAGCGGGGCAGGGGGAGAGCAGCCCCGGGAACUCCGGGACCGGGACCUGGGAGGGAGCGGCACCCGCAGCACCGGGACCGGGGCGGGGGGGUGAGGGAGCGGUACCGGGACGUCCGGGAGCACCGGGCCGGGGAGGGAGCGGUACCGGGAGUACCGGAAUGGGUGGAGCGGUACCGGUAG